ACGUGCUGCUUUGGUAGCAGGAAGAUGGAGAAUGUUACUGAAGGGACCUGGGAUAGUUUACCCCACAAAUUAAAUGACAAGAUUCGCCAGACCCUCAGGGAGCUGCAGUUCACCCAUAUGACCCCUGUACAGUCUGCAACCAUUCCUUUAUUUAUGAACAAUAAAGAUAUUGCUGCAGAAGCGAUAACUGGGAGUGGAAAAACCCUAGCAUUUGUAAUUCCACUUUUGGAAAUUUUGCUGAAAAGAGAAGAGAAAUUAAAGAAAUACCAGGUUGGAGCUAUCAUCAUUACCCCAACUCGUGAACUUGCUGUGCAGAUUUAUGAAGUGCUCUCGUGCUUCACUAAACAUUUUCCACAAUUUAGUCAAAUUCUUCUUAUUGGGGGCAGUAAUCCAAUUGAAGAUGUCAAUAAACUUAAAGAACAAGGUGGACAUAUCAUUGUCGCCUCCCCUGGGCGAUUGGAGGACAUGUUCCGAAGACAGGCGGAUGGGUUGGAUUUAGUCAACUCCGUAAAAACCCUUGAUGUUCUCAUUCUGGAUGAAGCAGAUAGACUUCUGGAUAUGGGAUUUGAAGCAAGUCUAAACACUAUCUUGGGUUACCUACCCAAACAGCGGAGGACUGGUCUAUUUUCUGCAACACAGACUCAGGAGCUAGAAAAUUUGGUGAGAGCUGGCCUGCGGAAUCCUGUCCGUAUCACUGUGAAGGAGAAGGGAGUUGCAGCAACAAACACGCAGAAAACACCAAUGCGCCUGGAAAAUUACUACAUGAUUUGCAAAACAGAUGAAAAAUUCAAUUAUUUAGUGAGUUUCUUGAGACAGAGAAAGCAGGAGAAGCAUUUAGUGUUUUUCAGCACUUGUGCCUGUGUGGAGUAUUAUGGAAAGGCCCUGGAAACCUUCAUAAAGAAUGUAAAGGUCAUGAGUAUACAUGGCAAAAUGAAACACAAACGGAACAGGAUUUUCACAGAGUUUAGAAAGCUAGACAGUGGUAUUUUGGCUUGUACAGAUGUAAUGGCUCGAGGCAUCGACAUCCCUGAAGUAAACUGGGUCAUUCAGUAUGACCCACCGAGCAGUGCUAGCGCUUUUGUGCAUCGCUGUGGACGAACAGCCAGGAUUGGCCACCAUGGCAGUGCUCUUGUGUUUUUACUUCCCAUGGAAGAAUCAUAUGUUAAUUUUCUUUCAAUUAACCAAAAGUGCCCACUGCAGGAAAUGUCAGAUAUAAAAAAUUCUGUGGAUGUUCUGCCAAAGCUGAAGGCCAUGGCGGCAUCUGACCGUGCUGUGUUUGACAAAGGCAUGAAAGCAUUUGUUUCCUUUAUACAAGCUUACGCCAAGCAUGAGUGCAACUUGAUCUUCAGAAUAAAAGAUAUAGAUUUUGCUGCUCUUGCACGUGGAUUUGCUCUACUGAAAAUGCCCCGGAUGCCAGAGCUGAGAGGCAAGGAAUUUCCAGAGUUUGUACCCACCCCAAUUGAUACAGACUCUAUUCGUUAUAAAGAUAAGCACAGGGAAAAGCAAAGGCAGAAGAUGCUACAGGAAAGAAGUGAGAAACAAGAAACCACGGUCAAGAAAAAUUAUAUAAAGAAUAAACCCUGGUCAAAACAAAAAUCCAAGAAGGAAAAGAAGAAGAAAUUAGCUUUGAAAAGGAAAAACGAAGAGGGUUCUGAUAUUGAUGAUAAAGAUGUGGACGAGCUCCUCCGUGAUACCAGAUUACUAAAGAGACUGAAGAAGGGUAAAAUCACAGAGGAAGAAUUUGAGAAACAAUUUACUGCUGGAGGGAAACAGUCUGAGCUUGGAUCAGAGGAUUCUGAUUGAGCUUCUUGACUAAGGCAUCAAAUAAUUGGGACCUCAUUUCACAUAGAUAUAAAGUAAAUAUGGCUUAUUUGUACUGCAAAAACCUUGGAGCACAACCAUUUCUUCAACAGAUGAUGGUGAAAGAUCUAAAAUUGAAGUUAGAAGUCUCCAUUUUUUUCUCUUCACUUUUUGUUGUGAAGAGUAUUUUACUUAAGGCACCGUUUUAAUAUUAAGAAAUACAGGACAGUAACACGAUCACUACAAACCCUUUGCAGUUUAAAGUUUGUUUAAAGAAAUAUAUGGAGCAUUUUGGGAUUAUUAUUUUUUUAUCCCCCCCAUGUUAAGCUCUAACUCCCUGUUGAGAAUUACUGUUCUUGAGAAUUUAUUACAUAGUACCCAGGAUGUAAAAAACGAGCAGCUAACAUAAAAUUCAAGUUUAGUUUUACCCAAAUAUGUUUUAAUUUUUUUAAAUCCAAGAAUGUUUUGUUAACAAUGUCCAUAUUAAAGGGACAGUAUACAGUAAAAUUGUUUUCCCUUAAUGUAUUUUCAAAGACUUGUUAUACCAGCUGCAGAGUAUAGAAUGUAUGAGAAACUGCAUUUUCAGGUUUAUUUGUCGAUAUGAAAUGCUGGUUUUGUGCUUUGAAACCACAGCCUAUUGCAAUGGGUUGACCUUGCAGGUAAAAUGAGAUCUCAUUAUGUUAUCACUUUGUGUAUACACACUUGCUUCCUUAUCUUAUAUCUGUCUGUAAACCAAAGCCCAAUACUUAGAGAGAGAAAUGGAACAUUAUCAUUUUAUUAGUUAUCUCUUCUACUCCCCACCGGGAGCGUAAUUGUUUUCUACUGGCUAUGUUUACAUAGGCUUCUCAAUAACUUGGACUUAAAGGGACAGUAUACUAUAAAAUUGUUUAUCCCUUAAUAUGGUUCCAAUUACUUUUUUACCAUCUGCAGAGUAUAAAAUGUAUGAGCUUUGCUUUUUUAAGGCUUAUUUGUAUAUAUGAAUUAGCAGAUUUUGUGUUUUGAAGCCACAACCUAAUAAAAUAGGUUGAGCUUGUAGGUAUAAUCCAAUUUCAUUACUUUAUCACAUUGUGUACAUAUACCUGCUUCUUUAUCUUAUAUCUGUCCAUAAACCAAUCACCAAUACUUGGAGAGAACAAUGGAAAAUUAACAUUUUAUUACCUUAUGUUUUCUAUACCCCACUGGGAGUGUAAUUUCUUCUACUGACUGCAUUAACACAGCUUGGCCUUGAGGCCAAAAACUUUCAGGAUGGGUGGGGAUACCACAGGCUAAAUAAACUAUUUUAAAUGCCAAUAUAAAGGUAAUGGAAAUACAUGUAAACAAUUUAAUACACUCCAGCAGGUAAAGUGAAUCAUUGGGAACAAAUUACAGGGGAGACCAUUUUUGAGUAAACUGUCCCUUUUAAGUCCAAAAACUUUCAGUAUAGGUAGGGAUACCACAGGCUAAAUCAGCUAUUUCAAAUGUCGAAAUAAGGGUAACCGAGCUACUUGUAAACAAUUCAAUACACUCCAGCAGGUAAAAUAGAUUUGGAACAAAUUAAAGGGGAUAACAUUUUUGGGUAAACUGUCCCUUUAAGCUCUAACAAUUCUUGUUUAACUCUUCUGCUGUGCAGGAGCUAUUACAAUAAGUGUUCUGAUCUACAGACAUACGUAAUCGUUUUUUGUUUUUUAUUAUGAAUCCUAAAGUUUUUAUAUCUGUGAAAAGUAAACACUGUAUAUAUUUAAUGUAAGAUACCAUAAAUAAAACAACCAGUUGAACUUUGAUCCUAUAAAUAACUUACAAAGAAAGUAUAUAUUGACUGUAAUUCAUAUGAAUGGUUAUUAAAUGCAAAGUCAGAUA